GUGGAUGCUUGGGCGGUCGCCGAGUCCGCACUAUUAUUGGUGGAUGGGGGUGGGCUUGGUGUUGUUUAAGCAACGUUCAAACGAUCUCUCUCGAAGUAAUGACUCUGAAUCCUACUUGUAAGCAUGUGGAGACCAUAGAAGGAGUCCCUCUUACUGUAACUGGCGUUGCCCAAGUCAAGGUUCUCUCAGAUGAACAAAUUUUGACCCUGGCCUGCGAACAGUUCCUGGAUUUGGAUCCUUAUCGGGUAGAGAAUACGAUCUUACAGACAUUAGAGGGUCAUCUUCGUGCGAUCCUUGGCACUCUCACGGUCGAGGCCAUCUACAAAGAUCGAGAUCAAUUUGCCUCCUUAGUGAGGGAGGUGGCUGCUCCUGAUGUUGGCAGGAUGGGCAUUGAAAUCCUGAGUUUUACCAUAAAAGACGUUUUUGAUGAUGUUGACUAUCUUAACUCGCUUGGUCGCCCGCAAAUUGCAAAGAUCAAACGCGACGCAAAUGUGGGUGUCGCUGAGGCCGAACGAGAUGCCGGAAUUGUUGAAGCAGAAUGUGAAAAAGCACGUAUGGAGGUGCGAUGCAAGAUGGAUGCAGCUAUCGCCGAACAUCAAAGAGAAUUUGAACUGCAAAAGGCUGGCUUUGAUGUGGAAAUCAAUCAGGCCCGUGCCGAAGCCGAUUUGGCAGAGGAAAUUCAGUCCGCAAAGGAAAGGCAGUUGAUUAGAGACGAGGAGUUAAAGGUGGAGAUAGUGGAGAAGACCAAAAGGAUUGAGAUUGAGGAGCAGGAGGUCAAACGAGUCGCCAAGGUCCUUGAAGCUACUGUUCACGAACCUGCAAUGGCCGAUGUCUUCCGUAUCAACCAAACUGUUGAGGCCGAAAAGCAUAAGAAAAUGCUCCUGUCACUGGCCUCCGCCGAGAGAGUGCGCAGCAUCGGCCUAGCCCAGGCUGAGGUGACACAGGCCAAAGGCGCUGCUGAGGCAGAAGGACUGGAGGCACGAUCUACGGCUUUUGCCAGCUUCACCGAGGCAGCGAAGCUGCGCCUGAUGCUGGAUGCGUUGCCCGCUUUGGCGGCGGAAGUGUGCGCACCUCUAGCCAAGGCCGCGGAAAUCGUGCUGAUCGGCGAGAGCUCUAGGCCCGAGGGCGCACAAUCAACCCCGGUUGCCACGUUAAGCGAUAUCGGUCGUGAUUUUGUGCGCAUGUCUGCCACCGUACCGCCGAGUGUGAGGGCAAUCACUGGUGUAGAUCUCACCAAGAUCAUUGGCCAAAUCCCGGGUGCGUCUGUGACAUCAUGA